GGCUCCGGCUCCCGCUCCCGCUAGGUGCCGUCCGCCCCUCCGCGCUAGCGGUGUGGACGCUGAAACUCAGCGGAGAAACGCGGCUGAGAAAUGGAGAGGAAAAUGAAACAUUAAAAGUGGCAGCUAUGCGGCAGAUCCUAAAAGAACUAUGGCAACAUCAGGUGACUGCCCCGGAAGUGAAUCUCAGCGGGGAGAAGAACCUGUGGAACACUGUGAACAGCACCUCCCAGAGGGUGUGCACCCCGAGGAGUUCGUGGCCAUCGCGGACUAUUCUGCCACCGAUGAGACACAGCUCAGUUUUCUGAGAGGAGAGAAAAUUCUCAUCCUGAGACAAACUACUGCUGACUGGUGGUGGGGCGAGCGUGCCGGUUACUGUGGAUACAUACCAGCGAACCACCUUGGGAAGGACCUGGAGGAGUGUGACCCCGAGGACACGUGGCAGGAUGAGGAGUACUUCGGCAGCUACGGAACUCUGAAACUUCACCUGGAGAUGUUGACAGACCAGCCACGAACAACAAAAUACCACCACGUGAUCCUGCAGAACAGGGCGUCCCUCAAAGACAAAGUGAUUCUGGAUGUCGGCUGUGGGACUGGGAUCAUCAGCCUCUUCUGUGCACAUUAUGCGCAGCCCAGAGCGGUGUACGCGGUGGAGGCCAGCGAGAUGGCCCAGCACACGGGGCAGCUGGUCAUGCAGAAUGGCUUCGCCGACAUCAUCACCGUGUUCCAGCAGAAGGUGGAGGACGUGGUGCUGCCGGAGAAGGUGGACGUGCUGGUGUCCGAGUGGAUGGGGACCUGCCUGCUGUUUGAGUUCAUGAUUGAGUCCAUCCUGUACGCCCGGGAUGCAUGGCUGAAGGAGGGUGGGAUCAUCUGGCCGACCACUGCCGCACUGCACCUCGUGCCCUGCAGUGCUGACAAAGACUACCGCAGCAAGGUUCUCUUCUGGGACAACGCCUAUGAGUUCAACCUCAGCGCUCUCAAAUCUUUAGCAAUUAAGGAGUUUUUUUCGAAGCCCAAGUAUAACCACAUUUUGAAACCAGAAGACUGUCUCUCUGAGCCGUGCACUAUAUUACAGCUGGACAUGAGAACGGUGCAGAUCGCUGAACUGGAGACAAUGAAAGGUGAGCUGUGCUUCGAUAUCAAGAAAGCCGGCACUCUGCAUGGAUUCACGGCCUGGUUCAGUGUCCGCUUUCAGAACCUGGAGGAGGAGGAGCCGCAGCUGGUGCUGAGCACGGGACCCUUCCACCCCACCACCCACUGGAAGCAGGUGCUGUUUAUGAUGGACGAGCCCGUCCCCGUCCACGCAGGGGAUGUGCUCACAGGCUCGAUUGUGCUGCAGAGAAACCCAGUGUGGAGGAGGCACAUGUCCGUCGCUCUGAGCUGGUCUGUCACUUCCAGACAGGACCCCACGUUGCAGAGAGUUGGAGAAAAAGUCUUUCCGAUCUGGAGAUGACAGUUGAAGUUCUCCUUGGGAAGCAGUGUGAGCUUGUUGGAGGAAUGCACAGGAGCGAGGAGCUCACACCCAGUGUGAACACUCCUUCU